CAUCCGAUAGCGUUUUCCCACUGGGAAAACUGGUGCAGCGCCGUGCUACCCAAUCAGCAUACCAUGUUUAAAAAAUAUUUUUUACUACGGACCGCGAUUUCUAGCAUCGUGGACACAAGGCUUAAUAGAGGGUACUUGUAUAUGUGGUGAUACUGUGAUAUAGCCGGUACCGGUAUAGCGUCGUCAUUCGUCGUCAAACUGCAAACAGCAUCAAACCACAUCAAACGGCAUUUGACGGCAUCGGUUAAUCGGGGAGAGCGGAGAGGACAGUUACAACGUCUUUAAAAGUAUUGUUUCUUGCAAUCUCCGAAGUAAUUGAGGAAAGAUGCUACGUCUCUUCAUCGCAAUCACGGCACUGUCUGUGCUGAUCGAUGCGAAAUUCCAAAGAAUUUCAUUACACAAGACAGAUUCCAUUCGAAAAAUUUUAAAAGAGGCUGACACUGACCUGACACAAGUUCGUUUAGUUACGACUACUGCCACACCAGAACCUUUAUCUAAUUAUCUGGAUGCUCAAUACUAUGGUGUUAUCUCGAUUGGAACUCCACCACAGGAAUUUAAAGUAAUUUUUGACACUGGUUCGUCUAAUCUUUGGGUACCAUCCAAGAAAUGCAGCACUCUCAAUAUCGCUUGCUUAUUACAUCAUAAAUAUGAUAGCAAAAAAUCUAGCACAUACCGAAAAAAUGAUACUGCAUUCGCCAUUCGUUAUGGUACUGGCAGUCUGUCUGGGUUCUUAUCUGAAGAUGUAGUGAAUGUUGCUGGCCUUAAUGUUCAACAUCAAACAUUUGCGGAAGCGGUAUCAGAGCCAGGGUUAACCUUCGUUGCUGCAAAAUUUGAUGGUAUCUUGGGAAUGGCUUACUCCACGAUAUCCGUCGACGGAGUGACUCCCGUCUUCUAUAACAUGGUCAAACAAAACUUGGUGCCACGAGCUAUUUUUAGUUUCUAUUUAAAUCGAGAUCCCUCAGCUGCAGUGGGUGGUGAAAUUAUAUUCGGUGGUUCCGAUCCCGAUCAUUACAAAGGCGAGUUCACGUAUCUUCCUGUUACUCGUAAAGGAUACUGGCAAAUUGAGAUGGAUAAGGUUCAGGUGACAGAUCACACUUUCUGUGAGAGAGGUUGCCAAGCUAUCGCUGACACAGGCACUUCCCUGAUAGCUGGGCCAACGUCAGAAAUCAAAAGUAUUAACGAAUUGAUUGGAGCUACUUCUAUUGGUGGAGAAGCAAUAGUGAAUUGUAACCAGAUUUCUGAUUUACCUUCGGUCAAUUUCACACUAGGUGGUAAGAAUUUCGUUCUCACUGGUGAAAAUUAUGUCCUUAAGAUUAAACAAUUUGGUAAGACGAUAUGUAUGAGUGGUUUUAUGGGUUUGGAUAUGCCUAGUCCAUUAUGGAUUUUGGGUGAUGUAUUUAUCGGCCGGUAUUAUACUGAGUUUGACAUGGAGAACGACCGAGUGGGAUUCGCUAUAUCAAAAUAAAUGUCGAUUGCUUUUUUAUGAAGUUGCCGUUAGACGCUAGAAGAUUUAAAUGACAACUUCGUGAAUAAUUAAUUAAAAAUUUCUUAGACUACUGUCUUCUUAUUGCCUUAUUUUUACUUAGGUUCCAUGCAAUACUGUUGUUAAACAAUGUCUAUGUGAUAUUUAACAAAGUUA